AUGGAUGGUAAGGAAGGGCCUGUCAGUAAGAGCCAGGUCACCCAACGGAAAGGGCAGGGCAGAAGUCAUGGGGGCGCGGUUGAAGAGAGUAGUAGCAGCGAGAAAGAAGGCAAAGAUGGUAGACAAGGCAGGGAUGGCAGCCAACAGAAUGGCGGCGCGCAGAGCAACGGUGAGCCAAACGGACUGGAAGGAGAAAAGAUAAAAAUCAGUACCAGGAGUAUAGUCCUAUUUCAGGUGUUCCUCUUUGUAGUGUUUUUUUUCGUGCUGCUCAUCGGGUCAUUUAACUUCAGCUUUAAGCUUUUCCAAGUGAGGGAAAAGCACCUAUACGAGGUCCUGAAUAGCAUAAAGGAUUUGUCGUCCUGUGGGUAUACACAUUAUCGUACAGAGGCUGAAGAGGGAGGAGAGCCCGUCCGACACGAAAACCCAGAUCAGUUAAUCAACUGCACUAAUGACCUUUCAAAUGAAGGCUUAAAUUUCAAAUACUAUUUCACACGAGGGAAACAUUACAAAAAGACGGAAAAAAAAAUAGAGAAAAUGAAGAAAAAGAAGGAGAAAAACGCAGAUAUCAAAAUAUUCAUAUGCUUAAAUAAAAAAAAAAAAUUAUUUCAUUUUACCAAUUUUUACGAUGCCAUACUAUGGGGUAAAAAAUGUGUUCUCAAAAUUGUUACCUUUUUUUUUAACGAAAUAUGGAACGCCCUUUUUGCGAAAGAAUUGGAUAACUCCAACGAUGUAGUAGUGGAGCAGUUCUUGAAUGAGGACUAUGUAAAAUUCGGUGGGGAAGUAGCUGCGACGUACGCCCGUUUCAAGAAGUUAAUGCGUGUUACCAAGUCGUAUAGGAAAAAGUACUACGUGGAUAUGGAGUCCCUGUUUUAUCUCUACCUGGACGAUAUAUGCUACUACCACGACUUCGCCUUGUUGGGGGGAAAUUCCCCACCCCAUCCGGAACAGCAGCCAAAACACUCGCCGAAGAGGAAAGACAUCACUCUGUUGGUAAAGCACAUAAGCAAAUACUUGAAGGACGAAGUGCUGCUGAGCAUGCUGCACACGUUGUAUUUUGGAAUAUGCGUGGACGGCACUGUUUUGAAAAACUCCACCAACGGGGGGCAAAGAAACGUGAAAAAGAAAAACUUCCCCACCUCCUUAAACAAUGGACACAUUUUGGAAGACAUAAAGACGUAUGAAGGCUACUACGAGGUGUACCACAAAAUGGAGAAAAUGCGAAACGCAAGCAGGUACAUCACCUUUCUGAGCAAAAUAAGGAAAAAAAUAAAAACGAUAGCCAGUCUGAAGAGCCUAAAUGGAUGCUUCAAAAAGUACAUAGCAAAUUUAAAAACAAUUCCUUUUUACUUCUUUUUGGAUGAUUUUUUCGACACCCCAUGUUAUGUGUACAACGAAUUAAUUAGCAACAUUUUACGAUAUUAUUACAAAGGAAUAUUCCUCUACUUUAUCAUUCUUCUUGGAUGCAUUCACGUAUUUUUUUCUCCCUUCCCAAUUACGCUGGUACACUUUCGCAGAUUUUUUAUAUACUUUUUAAUAAUAAUGUAUCGCCUCUUCAUUCUGUAUUUUAUCCCAUCCAUAAUUCAGUAUAUCAUUUUUAAAUUUCACUACUUCAAAGAGGAGGAGCACAUGCAUAUCUUUGACUACUCAGAUCACGUUAUUUUAUUUUCCACCCUUUUGUUCAUUAUAUCUCUUGAGACAAAGGCUAUUGAGUACACCAUAAGACAUCAGAAGGUCAGCUCUGAUUACUUCCAUUUUAACGCCUACGCUUCUCUGCGGGAUAAGUUCCCCGUGGAUUGA